AUGAGGCUGUCUUCCAGCAUCCUUCUUCUUGGUUAGUAUCCCACCUUGCAGGAUGGUGGGGGCAGAGCAAGUAGCCAAGGCGCUGUGGGGAGCUCAGAGGCCCAGCUUCAGAUCCUUUUGCUCAGAUGCCUCGCCUCUAACACAAUCCUCUCCUUUCCAGGGUGUUGGCUGACCAGGCAGUGGCAAAUGGCUAGAGGUGAGUUUGGGUCAACAAAAUAAUCCCAAGAGUGGGAGAGAGGCAUAGGGCAGAAUGGGAGUUCAAUACCAGGGCCUCCCACAAUCAAGCUUGCUUUUCUCACUACUGCUGAAUGAUAAGUGGUAGCUCCCACACUUUCCCUGUAGUGUGCAAGGAUGACAGGUGCAAGUGCCCCACUCUCCUUUGUCUUUAGACAACCUGUGUCCAUCUCAGUUGUCCAUGUGUAACUCUGAAGUUUCUGUAGGAAUGUUAAGGAAGGUAGGAGAGGAUAAAUUUAUUAGAUAUGUUCUUUCCUCGCUCAUGUUGGUGAGCAUAGAGCAGAUCACAUUCCUUGCAGUAAACAACAACAACUAUCAUUAUUAUUUACUGCAAGAAAUGCUAUUAUUAUUAUUAUUAUUAUUAUUAUUAUUAUUAUCCCCAGCCACUCUAGGAGGCUUCCAUCAGAAUAUUAAAAACAGAAUAAAACUUCAGACAUUAAAAACUUCCCUAAACAGUGCUGCCUUCAGAUGUCUUCUAAAAGUCAGAUAGUUGUUUAUUUCCUUGCCAUCUGAUGGGAGGGCGCCACUGCUGAGAAGGGUCUCUGCCUAGUGACGUUUGUUGAUGGCUGGUUUCAGCCUUUUAACUAAGCAAUCCAGGAGGCCCUUUGUGCAGACGCGAUUCUUCCUGGUCAUUUCCCUUUUAUUUCCCUCUUAAAACAAUAACAACACAAAGUCAUCUUAUUAAAAUAAGAAUAAAGUUGACUCACAUUCAGAGCAGGCUUUAGCUGCAGCUUCAGUUUCAUUUGCAGGAAAAUGUAGACAAGGGAAGUGAUGUCUCAGACGUACAACAUGUGGCCUACAUGCUUUGUUAUGGAUGAGGCUGCAUAUGAACAGCAGGAUGAAGAGUAGGUCAAAAGAAAUCCAAAAGAGAGAUUCAAAAGAGGAAGAUGGCUGUGUGCCCAGCCGUUUUAUAUGGCUUCACUUGUGUCACACCUAUCUACCUGGUCACACUCAGAGGGAGUGGCUCCCAACAGGUAUUGCAGGAAGUCCUCCCUUUUUGGAGCCACCUUCCUCUGUGUGUCCAUUCUAGGAAACAAGGAAUGUUGGACUUGACUGCUCUACAGUGGUGCCUCGCAAGACGAAAUUAAUUCGUACUGCGAGUAUUUUCGUCUUGCGAAUUUUUCAUCUUGCGAAGCACGGUUUCCCAUAGGAAUGCAUUGAAAAUCAAUUAAUGCGUUCCUAUGGUCAAAAAAAGUCCAAACAAAGCCAAAUUUGGUACAAAAAGAGUUUAUUAAGUGCUCUUUAAAGUCACACAUACUGUAAAGAGCAUUUCAAAAAUUGAAGGAACAAUAAUUUAAGUUUCUAAACAUGACAGAAAAGCAUUUAAAAAUCACCAAAGUGUACUGUACAUACAUUUUCUAAGAUUCUGGGGGGACAACUCGAAGAAGGUUCCUCUUCCACUCUUUGCUUCUUGCUGAAGAACCUGUCCAUGGUCUGCUGCUUCAUCCGCCUUUUCAGCACCUCCCUGAAAGACGACAUGACCCUCGUAUCAAAAGUGUUCGCAAGGUCACAUGUCAGGUCCUUGCCAGGGUGGUGCCACUGUGCAAAAGCCUGCACAUCUUUCCACUUCUGGCAAAUGUCCCUCAGUUCUUUGGAGGACAGCUGUUCCUCAGUUGCUUCCUCCUCUUCCAGUGAGGCCUGCUCCUGCGCAGCCUCUGCCUGCAGUUCGACCAGCUCCUGGGUGGUCAGCUCGUGGUCGUGCUCCUCCACCAGCUCGCUGACGUCCUCCUCUGUGACCUCCAGGCCCAUGGUCCUCCCCAAGGAAACAAUGUCCUGCACCACUGUUGACUCUGGUGCAUCAGAGUCACUUGGUGCCCCAUGGCAGCACAGCUCCUACCUUCGCAACCCCCCCCCCAAAAAAAUAAUCAGUGCUUCACAUCCAAAAAAUUCAAAAGCACCAAACCUCCCAGAAAACACACAAGCUUCCAGAUUCUUGCAAACCCCUUCUCAACAAUUCCCUGACCCCCCCCCAGCUACCCACCACACAGAAAUCCAAACCCAGAAAUCUUUUUUUUUUUUAACCACAGCAGAGUUCCCCAAUGGUCACAAAAAAUCAUAAAAAUGCAGAAAAAACACACACAAGCUUCCAGAUUCUUGCAAACCCCUCCCCAACACCAAGUCCUUGAAUUCCAAACACCCCAACACAAAAUCCAAAACCCCCCCAAAAAGUUUUAAAAGUUUAACUUACCAAAUGGCUGCAAAAGAAGUUUUGGAAAAGCUUCAAAAAUCACCAAAGUCUUCAAAAACCUCAAAAAGGCUACCACACCACGUGCUAUGAGUUGCUCCUUGAAGUCAAGUCGCAACUGCACCUCUUCAAGCAAUGCACCCUGGGUAUUAACGGUUUUAAGAAAAAGGAAACAAACUUGCAAGACGUUUUCAUCUUGCGAAGCAAGCCCAUAGGGAAAUUCGUCUUGCGAAGCAACUCAAAAAACGAAAAACUCUUUCGUCUUCCGAGUUUUUCGUCUUGUGAGGCAUUCGUCUUGCGAGGUACCACUGUAUGUCUAUACCCGACAUUUCCAAGGAAGGUACCUGCUACCUUUUGGACUCGGUUCUCUUUUGACUCUUCCUCAAGCUACUGCAUCUCUGAGUGAUGAUAGAGCUGCUUUUUAAAACAAAAAAACUUUGCUGACCAGAAAUUUACACAAACCGAUAGAUAUGGGCUGCAUUGUAGCGGAUCCCAAACGCCCCUCCUCCGGCCAUGAAUCAGAUGAAAAUUGGUGAGAGUCUUGGAGGAUGACUUACGGUAAUUCAUUUUAUGCCUGUUGUAGCUGUUGUAAUACACUGUGCCGGAUGUCGCAAGAUUUGUAGGUGUGUGUUUUUUCUCAGACAGGCCUCAGACCCCCUAAAUGAAGCUCAUGGGCAGCCAGCUGCUCAGGGACCACAGCUUGAUAACUCCUGCUCUGUUGGAUAAUGUCAAAGCAGAGUCAUCCAGCACUGCCGUUUGAAUUUUCGUACAAACUCACUCUAUUUGAUUCUCCAGCUGCAGGUGAAAGCCUCCUAUUUGACAGGAGGAGGCUGUUGCAAGUGUUUCACCUUCAAACCACCUUCUCAUUCUCUUUCUUGAUCAGGACUAUAUACGGAGCCCUCAAUUUCAGUGAUUCCCAGUCCUAAUGUCACCCUUGGAGGGAAUUUCUACAUCAACUGUAGGAGUCAUCAUUAUAAAGCCACCUUUGAGCUCUUCAAGGGAGAGUCUGUUGGGUAUGAGCGAUCUGAGACAUCUACAGCUUAUACAGUGGAUUUUUUCAUUUCUGAGGCCAAACUAGAACAUGGAGGAAUUUAUCAGUGUAGGUAUUGCUUCUAUCGCACAUGCUCGCGUCUAAGUGACAGACUUUACAUCAACGUAACAGGUGAGGGCUUGGCUUAGUCUCUGUGUGACAGUUUUACAAAUGACGCUAAAAUGGGUGUUGGGUUUAUUCCAUCUGCCAAUCAAAUGGGGGGAAAGUGCACUGAUUGAACUAUAUAACUGAACUGAUCAAAAUAUUUACCUAUCAAAAGGGAUUCUUUAUCUCCAUUUCUAUUUAAUCAUUAGUAUUUUGUUCCAGAUUAAAAUGCAUUCUCUGUAACCAAAGUCGUAAUGGAAUGCAGAUUGUGUAGCACACUAUAUAACCCCCUGCUCUGUACUCUAUUUGUCACACACCCAGGUCCUAGUCAACCGACAAGGCAAUGGACGUUACUAUACACCCUGAAGCCUACAAUGGGGGGUCCACAGCAAUCCUACCCCAAUAGGUUCUGUCCCUCUCCCAGGGCAUCUCUGCUGUGCAGCUUGCCUUCCCUGACAAGUGUCACAUCCCACCUGUGUUCUCUGCCAACUAAUCUCCUGAGUAAUGGCAUACAGCAGUACCUCGGGUUAAGUACUUAAUUCGUUCCGGAGGUCCGUCCUUAACCUGAAACUGUUCUUAACCUGAAGCACCACUUUAGCUAAUGGGGCCUCCCGCUGAUGCCAUGCCACUGCUGCACGAUUUCUGUUCUCAUCCUGAAGCAAAGUUCUUAACCCGAAGUACUAUUUCUGUGUUAGUGGAGUCUGUAACCUGAAGCAUAUGUAACCUGAGGUACCACUGUAAAUGCAUCCUAUCAAUAUUCACACUCUGAAUAGUAUAUGGUUUUCUAUGCUCCCCAAUAGCAUUUUACAAAGCCAGCCUAUUGUGUAAGAUUAAAGGAUUAAGCAUCCCUCUUUUUCUCUUUCUCCCCCUGGAUAAGCUUCUCCCAAACCUUCCAUCUCAGUGAGCCCAGGUGAGGUGAUUGCUCUGGAAGGAAAUGCCAACAUCCACUGUAAGACAGAAAAACAACAAGAAGCAGAGUUUACUCUACACAUAAAAAAUUCUUCAAAUACUUAUGAAAGCAAAAAGAUGGGAUCAGGAGAAGUUCUAUUUCCUAUUAUCAAUGCCAAAGAAUCAGAUGUGGGCAUCUAUCGAUGUAGCUAUUGCUUAAAGCUUGAGAACACUCAAGAAUGCUCAAACUAUAGUGAUGAAGUACACAUCAAAGUAAAGGGUAAGAUCCUGUCUUAAUCCUUGUAUGCAUCUUUUGCAAAUUGCACCAAUACUGGUUUUAAUUUGCUGCAAUUGUAAAUGAAAUUGGAAACGUGUGCUGGCUCCACCAUUCCUUAGUUUUAAAAGGAGGUAUCUCUCCCUCUUCACGUCACAGUUGGGUAUCAUUUCAACAUUUGUAAAUUAUGGAUUCCCUGAUUUCUACAGCAUCCUGCCUCUCUGUCUCCUGGCCCCACACCUCUCCAACUCCCUCUUCUGCCUCUAAUUCUGAACUGCCCUCUGCCCCAGACUCUUCCUGCUCACUAAACCCUGUCACCUGUGUAUGACCCUUCCUCCUCACAGUCGGCUCUUCCUCCCUCUGACCACUCAUCAUUGUCCCACCACCAGUCCCCUGGCUCUGAGCCAUCUUCCCAUGGGGGCUCCCUUGGGGAGUGCUGAUGCCUCCCACCUCUCCUCUGCAUCCAGACAGUCCACGAGUCUUUAUAAAGAUAUUGAACAACACUGGGCCCUGGACUGGACCCUACAGCACCACACUUCUCAGUGUUUUUUCCCCCCCAUUGGUGAGCGCUCUUUGGGUUUGGUCAGUCAGCCAGCUACAAAUCCACCUGACAGUAGCAUCCUCUACCCACAUUUUACCAGCAUCUCACAAUAAUAUUAUGGGGAACUUUGUCCAAAGCCUUACUGGAAUCAAGAUGUGCUACAUUCACAGCACUGGGAGAUGAUUACGCAGAGGGUGAAUAGAGAGCUCCAUGAACUGAUAGAAGGGUCUUUCUUGGGAGCUUCUGGGCCCUGCCUGUGGGGGGUUUGGUGAGCAUUGGCAGUAUUCUAACUCUAGGUGUCCUUUCAUGGUUUUACAGGUGGGAAUUCAAAAGCCGGACAUACAAUAGCCAUGUGGGCAGGCAUUGCUGCCGGUGUCUUCCUUUCGGUCCUCUUCCUGCUGAUCCUUGCUUUUGUAUUGUCCAGGAAAAGGAAAAAGGGUGAGUAAGCUUCUGGGUCAGUUGUUCUGCAAUGGCUGAGAUGAAGGCAUGCAUAACCGAGGUUGUAAAUGCUCACUUUGUGGGAGCUGUACCACUUCAAGUUCCACACGAGAAGAUUUUAGCCCCAGGUGUCAAGACAGGUUGCAAUCUCAGAGAGAGAACGUUCUUCUUUUAAAAACAAGUUCAUAUGGCUGGACAGGCAGACUUGAUGGUAUUGGGGCAGUGCCUGGUGAAAUCUCUAAAGCUGGUGCUGGGCCUGAGCAAAGGGGGAGUGCAUUUCUUUAUUUAUGCAAUAUAUAUGUGAUAAAUAAUAGCACAAAGCCAGCAGCACGCACACCAUGUGCCAGUAGAAAUCAAUUCAUCAGUUAAAAUACUGACAAGUUAAUACAGUGAUCUAACAGAAUACAGUGGUACCUUGGUUCUCAAACUUAAUCCAUUCCAGAAGUCUAUUCCAAAACCAAGGUGUGCUUUCCCAUAGAGAGUAAUGCAAAAUGGAUUAAUCCGUUCCAGACUUUUAAAAACCACCCCCAAAACAGCAAUUUAAGAUGAAUUUUACUAUCUAACAAGACCACUGAUCCACAAAAUGAGAGCAAUAAACAAUGUACUGCAGUCACACACACAAUCAAUCAAUCAAUCAAUAGCUGAACUGGGUUCCACAUGGUCACAAAAAAAGAGCCACAAAAACAAAAACGCAAAAUAAAUAGCAAAAACAGACAGACCUCAGCGUAACAUUCAAAACGGAAGCGUAACACUCAAAAUGGAAGUGUGGCACUCAAAACGGAGCACGUUCGACUUCCGAAAAAAGUUCCCAAACCGGAACACUUACUUCCAGGUUUGCAGUGUUUGGGUUCCAAGUUGUUUGAGUAUCAAAGCAUUAGGGAACCAAGGUACCACUGUAGUUAUAAAUUCACAUGGUGGAUACCAUUUCAGCUAUGAUCCAUUCCACAUUAGUGGUGCUGCUGCUACUUCCUCGCUUGUGAGUCACACAAUGCCGUUACCACCAUGGAGUUAUUCCACCACUCCCAUCUCUUUAUUUGAAGAUUUUUCAGGCUUGUUUCAUGUUUUUGUUGUUUACCUCUUGUGGCGUCCUUUCACUCUUGAUUUGCAUGUUAACCAGCAGUGCAGCCAAUCAGAAGCCACACCUUGGUUUUUGAAUGGUGCUGGGAGUUGAACGGACUCCCAGAAUGGAUUAAGUUUGACAACCAAGGUCCGACUGUUAUAUGGGCUAGUGGGGACAGAAAAACACCAUCCAUAACUUUACUCAGAAACCUAUUGGGUGAAAAAUCUCACAGUGUGUAUCUCUGCUCUACAGGUUCUGUGGCCAAUGAAAGAACUCAGCCAGCAAACAUAGUAAGAAAUAUACCAAUGAACAAAAACUUUUAUGACUAUGAAUGUCCUGCCAACACUUUACAGCCCUGACAUUCCAACUGGGGGGAGGAGGACUCUAAUUCAUUGCAACAGCCACUACCUUUCCAAGUAACAGGCGAUGGCAGGGCUGAUGUGAUUUGGGGUGGGGUAGAGGGCCAGGUACCAUCCUCCGCAUGGUCUGUGCCCAUCUCAGGUAUGCCCAUUUUUUGAACUGGCUCUUCCAAAUUCCUGGAAUUUCUCUGGACCAGGGAUGGAGGACCUGUGGCAGAUGUUGUUAGACUACAUCCCCCAUCAGCCAUAGCCAGAGGCCAUGGAUGAUGGGAGUUGUAAUCCAGUAAGAUCUGGAGAGCAGCAGUUUCUCCAUUCCUGCUUUGUUUCCACUGUAUGUAACUCUAGCAGACCAAAUGUCAGGACUGCAGGCUACAUCUCCUUCUUUUCCCCUCCAUAGCCCUUGCAGUCUGAGCCUGAAGAAGACCCCGAUGGAGUUUCCUAUGCUGUACUGAGCCACAGCUCAUUGAAAACCAAACCAGCACCCGAUGCAGAUGGGAUCCCUGAGUCCUGUACUUAUGCAACAGUGGCCCAACGCAGAACCAAGGAGGGCCAAUAA